AUGGAGUGCAACAUCCUGGAGGAAGACACAUUUCAUAUCAAGCAGCCGGAUGGCCUAUGCAAAGAAAACGUCACCGAGAAGAAUUACUCAGACGAUGACAAGAACACUUCCUGUUAUGUUAGUUACUCUUCCCCAAGUGAGGAGGACUACUUAGACAUGCAGUAUGCAGGUGUUCACGACGAAACGAAUGAGUAUCAAAAUAUUAAGUCCAGGAGUAUGCAUAAUUCUUACGAGACAGGAAAAUACAGCAGUAAGGACAGCUCCCUUUUUACCCCUUGGAAGCGAGAUGCUUAUUACAAGGGAAAGGAAGCAUCACUCAUACAAGCCUCUGGCAACACCAAUAUGGGGGACGUAAAGAAGUCUAACGGCUUCAUAAAAGCACACAGUGAAAAAAAGGCGAACAGUGCAGAUAGCCAAGUAAAAUACGAUGAUGAGCAUAUUAUUACAAAUCGCAUGAACAAGAAGAGAGGCACAUUCUCACAUUACAGCUUAAGUGAAGGCAGCGAGCUCCUACAGGCAGGUACUAUCCAGGACAGCUGGAAUUUUGUGGAUAGACAGUCACUGCCUGGAGGAGGGUAUGUCUUCUAUGGCUCAUCCUCGAAGAGUGAUGACUGUGAUGAGCGCUGCGAUGGGCAGUGCGUCGAGCAUAACGGUGAUCACAACGAUAUUUACGAUGACCUUUGCGGAGAUUUCCACGAGGAUCUGCGUGACGAUUUUCAUGACGACCUGCAUGAAGACCUACGCAAGAAGAGGCACAGGCGGCAGGGGAAAGGUCACCAGGGGAAUGAUCAGAACCGAACGGUGAGAAACACCAACCCAGACAGAGUAAUCAACGAAGAGGUACACUCCCCCGGUGAUGACUCUGCUGAAACCCCCCCCGCCAGUGUAACGAACCGUAGUAAAACAAACAUUAAAUCACCCCUCCUCACGGGUAGCACUAACGUAAAAAGAAGCAAUGACCAGAAUGAUCACAUGAACGUAUUAAGUGCCAACGCAUACAACACCUGCCACAGCUCAGACAAUGAGAAUUGUAAUGACUACAAAAAUAUGGACGAUGAUAGCUGCAGUAGUGCUGACUGCGGGUAUUACGGAGAGGUGAUUUCUUCGCUGAGUGCGAACCGGGAGGAUGGACUGGACAGUAAUUACACCUUCGAUGAGUCCAUAAAUGUCAGUGCAGAAUUCUUAUGUGAUGGUGACAAGGAGGACGGAGCUCUCUUUGUUCAUAACAACUUCAGUUGCAACGAAGGCGAAUUGGUUGACCAAGCGGGGACCAAUUCGACCGCAAAUAGGUCCCCUAGUGAAAAGGCCAUCCCCACCACGGCUACCGGAGCGGCCAUAGAUCGUAAUGCUAGUGUGAAGGGUACUUCAGGUGCAGCUCGUUCCAAACGUAUGAGCAAAGGUAAAGACACUGAACGGGAGACUCAUCAACACAGUGAGCAAAGUGGUAAGGGAGACGAAAGUGUUACCAGCUCGUCCUCCUCUCCACUUUAUUCCAACCCACGUGAACACAACAACGCAUCUUACAGUGACAAUCAGAACAGUAGUAAUGAAAGGGUAAAAGAACAUUUCUGCAAAGGUGCCAAAAUGGAGACGAUGCAUAAGGAAGGAGUAUUUACCACACGGAACCCACCAGGAAGGAGAAACAAAAAGAAGGAGAACAACGAUCCGUUAGAUGAAGCGUCAACAGGCAGUACCACCUCGAAGGAACAAACAGAACAUACUUCUACAUGUCAGAAGAAUCUUCCCAAUUAUGAUACAAAUUCUGUUAUUUUAAAAAAUGGUAGCCAAUCAGGAAUGGAAACUACCCACGGUGAAUACAGCAACAGUGAGCCUCUUCAUCCAGUUCACUCCGUUCGCGCAGCAGAACAGGAGGCGAUGAAGAAGUGUUCUCCAAAGGAUGCACCGAAAGAGGAAAAUGAAGCAGAUUCAAAUGAAGCAGAAAAUGCACAGGAAAAAGAACAGAAUAGUGAAAAGAAUCAGCGAAACGUGUUAAGUGACGGGAACCUACUAAAGCUAAUAUUGCACUGCUCCAAAAAAAAGAACCCCAAGGCAGUCGGAAUGGAAGACAAAAUAAUUGAAAAUUUUAUUAACACGCAGAAAAAGGCCUUUGGUUUUUAUUUGCAGAAGAAUCUAACUAAUGUUUGUGCAAAGUGCAAAGUGGAGAUGCAGUUAUCAGGUUGUGUCUUCCUUUGCGUCGAAUGCAUGAUCAGACAGAUGGACGGGAGGACAGAAAAGAAGAAGAAGAAUCUGUGGGAACCUCCAAAUGUUGGGAAUAGUGAAUUAAAAAAAAUUAAUUCCUGCAUUUCUAACUUUUUCAACGAAGUGGAUCAAGUGGAAAAAAGGUUUGAGUUGACUGAUGAGAAUAUUGUGCAAAUAUUUCGCGAAGUUAGGAAGUGCAAUUUGUGGAAGUCGGAGAAAAACAUGUGCACGGUUUUCCGUAGCGUUUUUAAGGUCCCCGGGGGGAACGACAAAAACGAGGGCAGUUGUGACAAACGUGACGACCAAAGUGACAACAGUUGUGACGCCCAGAUUGACCUGCCAGAGGAAGAUGUGCUCAGAAAAAUCUUCAAAAACAAUUUUGAGAAAUUUAUCAGUCUGCAUAAAAACGGCGAAGCGAUAAGCCAAAGGACACCAAAUGAUGACAAGGUCAUUUCUGCGGAUAGUGGACCCAAAACGGAAGUGCAAAAAUUUUGCUGCUUCGUGAAGAAAACCAAAACGGAGAAAAAGUCCAGGAAGGGAAGGAAGAAGCCCCAUUUGAUUGGCAAACGGGACAAGGUGGUGAAGCGUCUGUUCAAAUUGGGGCACCUCCGUGAGCCUCUGCGAAGAGUUCAUGCUUGCCAUUACUAUUGGGUACGUGGGGAGAUGACCGGACGUGAAACCAAGAUUGUGUUUAAGGGAAGGUGCAUUGCAAUUGGUGCAGUUCGAAGUGUGGUGCGAACGGGGAAGGGCAGCCCUAGCGGCAUAAGGAGAGGAAUAUCAGACACAUUGUCCCUUCCCAUGCGAAGCAUCAUGGGUGAAGGAAUGAACGAAAACGGAGUAAAAGACGGCCUAAGGGGCAACUGCAGAAACAGAAGGAAUUUCGACGCCCCAGAAUUAUCACCACAAGAGGAUGAACAAAUUCACAUCAGCCAUGUGAGAAGGACCCUCUACAACAGCCCCAUCGCUGGAAUGGCUCCCCAACCCAGACAGACCGCCAACGGAGCACCAAAUGGGAAUGGAAAGAGUGACAAUGAGAGCAAUCAGGGAGAAGGAAAACGAUUUAACAGAAAUAAAAGAAAUGCUAAUAGGCGGGAAGGGAAGAAGGGCCAUACUGGUAGGAGGGGGUACGUACCAGCGGGGGGAAAUGGUGGAGAUGAUCGCACGGAUGAUGAAAGUGAUUUCCACAGUGAGGGAGACGAUGACUACAAUGAUGACUACAACGAUGACGAGGAAGAUGAUGAAGAGGAUGAGGAAGCCGAAGAGGAGGAUGACGAAGACAGCGAGGAAGAAAAAAGAAAAAAGGGCAAGAAAUCAAAGAAAACACGGAACGAUAUAGGUUGCUGUGGGAACCUCCGAAAAAAGAAGCACAAACAUGACGAAGGAAGGGACCACAGGGAGGAGUGCCCCAAGAGAAGAGAAAAACUGAUGAGCAUGCGCAGCAGGAGAAAGAAGAAAAACAAAAUGCCGCAGAACCUCGACUCCAAAAGUGAUGAAAACUCAGAUGUGACGAAUGAAGAUGUUUUAGACAACUUUAUUAGUGACAUUAAGAAGGCCAAUCGUAGCCACCACAGUCAGAAGAAACUAAACCUGUGUGUGAGGGAAAAUAAAUUUAAGUGUUAUUACCACCUGCCCAGUAUAGUCACACAGAAAGUAAUUCCACCUCUGAUUGUCCCACUGAACAAGAAAUAUACAAAUUUAUUUUAUGAGCUAAGAACUCAUGAUUUCAUUAACAUAGAAACUAUCGACUAUUACAAGUUGUUCAUGCUGAAGAAGAGCAUCUCAGACUUCCACAGUGGGAACAAGUGCCUGACGAAUGUGUCUGAGGGGGGAAACGACGACCCCCAAGUGCUCGCCCGGAGGAAGUUCUUCCACAGUGAUCGUAGCAGCAGUAGUAGCAGUGACAGUGACGUUGCCAAUCUGGGAAAUCGUGACAAUCGUGGGAAUCGGGACCAGCGUGAUCAACGUGAUCAACGUGACCAACGUGACCAACACGACCAACACGACCAGCCCGAUGGAGUGAAUACGAACGACGGAACGCACAACAGCAGCGGCAACAGACGAACGACCAUUAAACACAAGAAGAACAAUGAGCUGAUCGAGCUGUAUAUCCCCAACUUUUGGAGAAGCAUAAAAAGUGUAAACGAAAUAAAAUCCGUCACUACGGGAAACUCCGACGAUUUUUACUUCAAACUGUUAGUGCACCCAAGGGGAAACUCAAACGAUGAUAAUUACUUGUCCGUUUAUUUAGAAGUGAUAAAACAGGACUUCUAUCCAGCCGAGUGGGUAUUCCCGAAUGUGCGUUUCCAACUAACGGUGCAUAAUUUUAAGUCGAAGAAAAACUCCAUUUCUUCAUGGGCUUAUUGGUCCUUUACAAAUAACUCCCUAUCGAGGGGAUGGCAGAAAAUGAUAAACCAUUCCAAAAUAAGUAAGUCCAUGGGAUUCUUGGAUGAGACAGGUGGACUCUUAAUAAAGGGAAAAGCGGAGAGGUCUUUCAAGGAGCUGUGGUCCAAGUGCAUUCAACAUACCCCCAAGUAUAUUUGGAGUUACAUUCCGGAGAAAAUUUACGAAAGUUUUGAGAAUAACGAUUUGCUAUUUCAGUUUCUGUUUCAGAAGGGUUACUUCAAGAAGUGCAAGUACGUGCGUAAUAAGGGCGCACGCCACCGCAGCAGAAGCAGCAGUAGUUCUAGCGGUGGUAGUAUCGAUAGUGAUGAGAACGACAGUAGCGGGGGUAACGAUAAGGAGGUCGUCCAUUGGGCUCGAACAUCCAACAGCAGGGGGAAGGAAAUGCUCGAGUAUGCCAAGAACUACCUCCUAAACAGAUAUGCCAUCGAUAUUUACAACUUCAAUCUUUUCUGGACCCCCCAGUUUGUGAAAAAAUACCUGAACAGUUCUGAAGAUUCAGAGAAGUGGAAAAGAUCCUUUCGGGAGAGUGUACAGAGGAUUAUUCGCAGAGAUGAGGGGGAGAGACAGAUAAGUGACGACGUGAAUGACGAUAAUGGAAACGAUGGUGAUAACAAUGGUGGUGACAAUGUAAAUGUGGAUAACCGUGAUGACGCACACGAAUCGGGAGAAAUUGAAGAGGACAGACUGAAAGAAGAAAAUGAGAACACACUAAGCCUGAUCAAGUCCGUAUAUAGCAACAUGCAGGUGUAUGAAGGUCUGGUCACGAAGAACAACCUGAAUGAACUGAAGAACAUAACCACGCAGGAGGCAGAGAAGAACGACACAACCGGCAAGGAGGACCUCUCUAUAGACAACAGGAAGUACAUACUCUCCCUAACGAAUUACAUCGUCCCCGUGGUAGAAUCCUACAACGACAAUGACAAUCUUUCCAUCCUAGUGAACUGCCUGUACAACAUAGAGCUCUUCAAAAUCAUGGUCCUGAAGUAUAAGGCAAGUCUGUACAACCGCAUUUUUUCUAAAUAUCUAAAAAGUCGAAGGAAGGAAAAAAAAUUUAAAUUAAAUUAUGUGAUGAAAAAGUAUGGAAUAGAGAUGGACGACACGAAGAAGGAAAUCGUUGAAAAGAUACAACAAUUUAAUAGAGAGAAAAAAAGUUACCAAUUGAGUGAGUCAGAUUUGAAACAUACAGUUUUGAAUAGCCUGGAGAUGAUCAACGAGAAGGUACAGAAUUUCCUCACCCUUAUAGAUGAAAAAAUUUAUUACCUUAAUAAUGUAAGCAGUCGUGAGAGAAGCAAUGCAUAUGAGGAUCCACAGGGGGAAGUACAACAACCACGUGAUAACGAACCCACCGACGUGGAAACCAUUAACUACAUACACUCGUUACAAGCAUCCAAGGAAGAGGAAAAUAACAAAACACAACAAGCUGCUAAUAUGAACGUUUAUAUUAGCUACAUCAACGGGAAAAUUAGCUACGCCAACGAUUGUAUGUACAGCCAGGGUAUGGACAAAUAUAACAUAAACUACCUUUGUAAUAUGAGCAAAGUGAAAAUGAGCAUACAGAGCAUUAACAGAAAUAUCGACCAAGUUAAUUUGAGCAUUGACAGGCUUCUUGAAUACACCCACCAGGAGGACGUACCCUUGUUGGGGGACAGCGGAAGCGACGUAGUGAUAAUCGACCCUGCCAGCGGAGCGGGUUCUACUUCCCACGUGGCUGACGAUGGGAACCCACGAUUGAAUGGAGCCGUCGAGGAAUUCAUUAACGCCUUUCACAUUGACCCCAAGGAGUGCCUCAACAAGGAUAGCAAGGAAGGCAAGCAAAGCGAAGAAGGAAAGGAAAACGAGGAAAGCCACGCGGAAGAAGCCAACGACCCAUCCGAUGACGACGCAAAUAAACGGGAACCCUAUCGAGUGAGAGACUAUAUCGAGUUUUUAGAAAACGACUUUAUCGAAGAUCCAAACGAACUGAAAAAUCUGUCUUACCGAUACACAAGCGAUAUGAAGUCUUUUAACAUGUUUGAGUUUUUUCGAAAAAACAACAAAAAUGUAAUCAUUGCUUUGCAGAGAAUUUUCAUUUGCAUGCAAAUGUACUCGCUCAUCCUAUGUGCCAAGAAAGGGAAGGAGGAUUUCCGGAAGGAUCAUUUUAACAAUUUUGAUAGGCUAUUCUACAAGGAAAAGGGGAAUCUCGACCUUACCGGCUCUGCUGGUGAUCUGUGUGAGACCAGUGUGGGUACCUCUGGUAGCGCUACCCAUUCGAGCAACACAUCUAUCACCAUGACGACCUCUCCAAAUAGUAAGAAGCGAAAACAUCGUAACUGCGAGGAUGAGAAGAAUGAAGACCUCUCUGAUGGGAAGAAAUAUUUAAGUAAAGAAAAUUCUGAGGCUGACAACUCGAGGAAGAGUUCCAAUUCGUUUUCGCUGUCCAACUCGGUGGAGGUGAAGGAGCCGCACCUGAAUGGGAAAGACAGUCAAAGUGGUAGUGAAGGCAAAACGGGAAUGGACGCUGGAAUGGAUGCUGAAAUGGGCGCUGAAAUGGGCUCUGAAAUCGACGCGGGAGUGGAUGCUGAAGUGGAUGCUGAAAUGGAUGUGCAGAUUCCCCCCCAGGGAGGCAGAACCAGCCAAGAAGAGGGAAGCGACAACCAGGAGCACAACGGGGAAAACCAAAUGAUAAGCAAAGAGAAAAAUGAAGAACCCCCCCACAUGCACAAUUAUAACAAUUGUAGAAAUAGCAGCAAUGAGGAAUCUCAAGAGAAGGAUGCCAAAUAUUUUUCCAACUUAGCUUUACACAAAAAGAAUUGUCUGUACUAUUACAAGAAUAACCUCUUUUACAACAUGCAGUAUUCGGAGGAUGAGUGCAACUUAACUCUCUCUGGGACGGACUACCCCAACAGAGGAAGAAUAAAUGGCAACAGGAAAAGAGUGAAAAACACCGUACUUAAUGUGUACAACAAGAACGAUAAUUAUUUGCAUUUAUUUAAGCCCCUCAUACCGAGCAUAAAGAUUUUACUUUUCAGUCUUAACAAGAUCCUUUUUAAUCAGUACAGAUGUAAUGAACCCAUCACACGGAUUCACGAACAGCUGUUCAAACGGAUCGUGUGCGAUGUAGUGAAGGAUAAGGUGAAGUUGAACAGGAAAAUUAAGAAGCUCAGGAAGCUCAUCGCUGAAUGUCCCGACGGCGAUAUGGUAACUGCUGACCAGGACAAAGUUAGUGAGAAGGCAGAUGGUAGCCACACCGAAAACAGUAGAAGGAGAAAACUGGAAAGGAGAGAAAACGAUUUGGUAGAAGAUCUGAAGGACCUUAGGAUUUUCGAAAAAAUGUGCUACGAGUUGUUCAACUUGAAAAGCAAAACGGAGAGCGAAAACGAAAGCAGCGAUAACAAGAUGGAGGCGAGUGACUACAGUGAGAGAUCCAAUGUCCAGAGCGAGAAUGAAGGAUACCCCAAGUUUCAGAGGUACCCAUCGAAGCAGGCAAACGACGUGGAGGACGACGAAGAGGAGGGAGAACAAGAAGCGAAACAAACCAAUAAGCCAAAACAAACGAACCAACCAAAGCAAACCAAGCAACAGAAGGAGGAACGGAUUAAUAACCCCCCCGCGGGCGAAAAAAGGCCAACAGGAACAGAAGCAGGAACCAACAACAGUAAGGAUAGAAAAGCGACUCAGAAAAAUUACGACACGGGAAAGAAAAAAAACGAAACAAAUUACAAAGAUGAGAACGAUUCGUAUGAGCCAAGCAACAACGGUAGUGACAACUUCGAGGACAACAAGGAAGAAGACUUUUUCACACAAGGGAAGAAUAAAGAUUCGGAUAAUUGCGAUAGCAAAGCGAACAAAAAUAAAAGCAUAAACUCUCUAAUUUAUAACAUGAUAAAUAAAAAAAAAAUGAACUUUUACAAAAAUUACAUCAUUUGUGAGAAGGACAUUUACAAGACGAUUGAAAAGUCGUCCUUCACGGAGAUUCCCUACGUCCUUUUCUUCUACAUGAAUUGUUUCAAAAAUUUAAGAAGGGGGGAACUCAUCGACAUACCGCUGUACCUGGACAUAUAUGAAGAUAUCGAAGAGGAGACGGAGAGGAGGGGUCAACACAAUGGCAAAGGAGAAAUGAGUGGACGGCAACGCAACGGCAGCAGCGGUAGUGCCAGUGCCAGUGUCAGUGGAAGUGUGAGCGGAAGUGCUAGUGGAAGCGCAAGUGGAAGUGGAAGUGGAAACAACCAUUAUAACAAGGAGGACAAAAGCAACUCCUUCUUUGGAAUAAAAAAAAAUGUGCAUGCGAAGAGGAAGAGUGAUGAAUACAAUGAGUAUAUAAUUACAUACCAUCUAUACGCCCUCAUCAUUUCAGAAAACAAAGAUAUGAGUAACAACAUGUGUGGAAUCCCUAGUUACAACAAACUCAGCGAUAUAGAAUUCAACGCAGGGAAUGAAGUGAAUAAUACAUCCUACUCCUACCUCAUCCUGAGACCCUACAUUAAAGGACCGUGGUUUAAAAUUUACAAAAAUAGGAUAACCAAAUUGAGACAGACGUAUGAAUUUAACGAAUGGAAGUGCCACAAGGAUUUCUACUGUUCCUGUUGCAUCUAUGUUAGUGACAAUUAUUACGACUUGAACAACCAACUUUGUCUGAAACAGCUCAACAUAAAGAAUAUUAACUUUCCGCUGUAUAUCCACACGUUGCGGGAGUUUGACGUAGAGGAGAAGGACAUUUUCGAGUUUAGCAAGAAGGACAAGGAGGACUUGUACGAUCAGCGUACUGUCCAGGGUGACGAGAAAAUGGAGGACCAGCUGAUUUAUGAGUUGCGUAAAGGGGGGGCUGCAGGCCACGGCGAUGACCAACCAGCAAACCAAUCUACCGAUCGAGUGGACAAGGAGAAGAAGGAUCCCCCCACCGAUGACAAACAUAAUCUGACAGAAGGAUGCAAUGACGAGGGGGAAGAUCCCAUCCCCCCUGAAGACACCCAACCGUCAAGUGAAGUGACACCCCCCCGAAUGAACCACACUGACAAAACACAUGCAAGCACAACAGAAUUAAAACUACAAAUAGUUACGCAAGAUGGAUAUUUUAGAAACCCAGAAGAUGGGAAGCUAAUCAAUAGACGGAACGCCGAAAUGAUGAAAAUGCUUCUGGAUCAGGCAGACUACCCGAGCUUCAUUACCAACACAGAGGGAAACCCAUUCAUAACAAACGAGAGAGACCUCAUACUGAACUCGCUAAAGGUUCACCACAGGAUGAUGAUAAAUGUGAAGGAUGAACUUUUUGAAGACGUAAUAAAAGUGGAGGACAACGAAAAUGCGGCGUAUAAUUACACCAUCAAUGGGAAGGCCAAAAUGUGCAUUGUCCUUAAUAAGAAUAGGAGCAGAUUAAAACAGAACAAGCACUUUUUCGACAUCAAGGGUAUAAUGAAAAGCUACGAAAAGUUCGACGAUAAUCAUAAUUUAAAUUUGUUUAGCAAUAACGUGUGUGAGAUGAACUUUGCACAUAACUUGUCCAGAGGGUUCGUCAUUUCGAAUGGUUUUUUCACUUCGGAGGGUGUGUAUUGGGCGAGCAACGAGUUGGCGCAGCAGGAGCAGAGAAGCGUGAGCGAUCCGAGGAAUGAGACGAACUUGCAAAUACAGAACGUGCAGUCACAAAAUGGGCAGUUACAAAACGGACAGAUGCAAAACGGACAGAUGCAAAACGCGCAGUUACAAGACACACAGGAGAUAAACGAAGGGGAAGAGCCCACCAACGGAAUGGAAAGACAAAGCAGUGCCAAGUCCACAACCAGAAGCGCGAAAAUUAACGUGCUGAACGAUAUCCAAAAGUCCAAGGGGAAGUGCCACAUAAAGAAGGACUACCGAAACAGUCACCUCGUAAAUUAUCACAUAAACAACGGAAUGAUAAACGCAAACAACAUCAGCUACAUAAAAUGUUUCAUGCAGUUACAAAACCUCUUUAAAAACAUGAAUUUGAAUAAUAGCGAUUUUGUCAAAAGUAGCAACAUGAAGUUCAGGAUAAACAGCCCCUUCAACAUUGAGCUGAAUAAUAUUUUUUUCAAUUUUUACAAAGAAAAAAUUAACAUCAAUAAUGUGAAAAAAAACUACCUAGAUAAUGAAGAGAAAUUAGAAUUACACAGUUACUAUUUGAAAACUUGUCUGAACAUUUUUAAGUCGUUUUUUCACGAAUACUUAUAUAUGAAUCUUACUAACCAUGCGGAUCUGAAGAAAAAAAGGAAAAAUGUGUACAAGAAUUUCUGUAUAGCUUUAUCAGACAUAUUUUUUAACAACUUAAGCUUCAACACAGAUGAGGAUGACGAGAAUUUUGAGCAUUUGCAGGGAGGAAUUGCUGUGUAUGAAUUUUACGAAAGCAGAUUUAAAAAGUUAAAAAUGAUGUUGAAAAAAAUAUUCAUGUAUUUGAAUAUCAUCUGUAGGGUCAUAAAGUACAUUCAGUUGAAGAAGGCGCUUUUUAACGAGAAUUUUGACCUGCACACUUGUAAAAUGCACGACGUUUUCUUCUUCAAUUAUCUCUACUUUUUUUAUAAUAAGUAUUCCAAAAGUUGUAGCAGUAGGUAUAUAAAGAAGCUGUGCGUGCGUUACGCUGUGAAGAAACGAGAAAUUGUUACCAGCUUACGUCGGAAGGUUAACACUGCCAAGGAUGAGGACUUUUACUUCCUCGACGUGUACCAGCGUCUCUUCGAGGGAGGUGUGCGGGGCACCACGUUGGACCCUAUCCCAAGCAGUGACGAGAAUUGUUCAAUGGGAGCAGUGGGAAUGACAUGCACAGACAACCCCGAUUCAACGACCAACGAUGCUAACCCUGUUAACAGGGUGAACAGGCUGAUGACCUUCUGCAAGUGCAUGAAGGAGGAACACAAGAAGGACGCCUUCUUCGAACCCACCAAGCAUAAGGCUGAUUGUGUUUUUCGCUAUCUCACCUCCACGCUCCACGAAGAUGUCCUCUUCCUGAAAAACAAAAACAGGGACUUUAACGAGAAGAUGAGCUACACGAAGAGGGAAACGUGCACCAAGGAAAGAAAAAUGCUUACCCUGACAGGCAGCGAAAACGCCAACCAAUAUAUAAAGGAGUUCCUAAAUAUGGAUCUUCCAAAGGACGAGAAACAUUUGGAGACAUUCUUCCUGAACUUAUUACAGAGGAAAAAAAAAACGUGCAUUCUAUGUUACUGUGUGAGACGUUAUUACCUGCGUUUUCUAAAAAGACUACAAAAGAGUGUAUCCUUCGAGGUGCUCGAUAAACAGAUCAACUUCAUCUUCGACAACAACUACCUGGAAAUCAUCAAAUUGUAUAAUAGACAGAAGAACAACUGUGACGGGGCUGCAAGUAACCACUGCGGUUAUCACUACGGUUACGACGGUCGUUACGAUUGUCGUUACGAUUGUCGUUACGAUUGUCGUUAUGAUUACCGUUAUGACUGCCGUUACGAUUACCGUUACGAUUGCGGCAACAAUCACAGGGGGCACCACAGCAACCACCAACGUGGACACCGCAACAGCAACAACUUCCAUCCCAACUGUAAAUGCUCCAGCCUAUUCAACUACAUAAACAUCGACUCCAUAGAAGCAUGCAUUAUCUACCUCCUCCAAAGUGUAUGGAAGUAUUACCUCUGUGAUAUUCUCACCAUCCCUAACGAAUUAGAACAAUUCUACGAUAAUUUGGCUAAAAAACACAAGAGGAAAAAGUACAAAAAUUCGAAGGAUGAAAAAAGCUGGAACUUUAUUAAGUACCUAAAAGAGGAGAAAACAAAUAACAUGAUAAACAAGUAUCUUUCCAACAAUGAGGAAAACAUGGAAAUGGUGUCCACCAAUGAGGAAAGCAAUGAGGAGAAGAUUGUGCAUAACAAUUUGUUGCUCACCAACUUCCAGUUCAUCGAUAUCAGUGCCAUUAAGAAGAACAUUGCGGCAUCGUCUGGUCUGGGCCAGGAUCAGAAGGGCCACUCCAACGAUGUUAACGGCAACAACCGGACAAGCAGUGAAGAGCACUCUAGCAGUGACAACUACGGGAAGAGGAAGCAGAAGAGCCACAAAAAAAAAAAGAGCGAAGCAAAAGUUGAAAAGAAGAAGACACAGAAGAAUGAGAAAGGGGCAAGCGAUUUCUACACCAUCGAUUUGAACAUCCUAGGGGAGGACGAACUGAGUGCAUACACAAAGUUCCCCAAUGGCACCCUCACCCUUUUGAAGGUGCUGCAGGGAAAACUGGACAACAGGGAACUGAAGAAAUUGCUGAAGCAGUUCAACCUUAGGGGAAUUAAAGUGAAAAGCGGAACGAGGGAACAAGGCAGGAGCAUCAUCGUGACGAAUGAGGUAGGGCCGGUCAGCAGAGGGGCAUCCCUCAGGGAGGAUGAGAGGGAAAAGAAGGAGAAGAAAGAAAAGAAGGAAAAGAAGGAAAGGAAGCAUGAUGAGAGGAAAGAUGAACGGGGCGAACAGUCUACCCCGAGAGAAGGGGUAACGAACACAGAGAUUGAAGAUAAGGGCAAAGGAAGAAAAGGCAAAAAGGAUGAAGAGAAGACGAAGGUAGGUAAGGGCAUCAAAAGAAAGGGAAGCAAAGAAAUCAACUUACCCAACGCAUUGGAGAGUAACCUGGAACAGGUCCUCACCGGAAGCAGCAACGUGGACGAAAAUUUCAUCUCCAAUUUUUACGUAAACCUUAAGUUGUUGAAGGAUAAGUUGGAUAAUAAUUACUCAGAAAAAAACAGCGGAAAGGACAACGAUGCUAUUCAGGAAAAUGCUCUAACCAGCGCCAUACACAAGGUCAGCGAAACGAUGAAGAAAUACAACAUAAAUAAUAUUAAUGAGAUAAAAAGUGUACUGGUAAAAAACGGAUACGACAUACGUAAAUGCUACAAUGGAAUCGACUUGAUUUUUCUGUUUCUGUCAAAAAUUAAAGGAGUCAAUGUGAGCUUCCUAAAUGGAAACAAUUUUAUUAACAACAAAAAUGUGUAUGAAAUAUUGCUGCAAAAUUUUAAGACGAUAAAUUAUGACAAUGUAGAGAAGGACUUUUACUCCCUGGAUUAUAUCCUUUCCACAUUUGAGUACAUAGAUGAGAUGUAUAUAUAUCAGAGGUACAAAUCCUUUUUUCAAUUUACGGACCUUCUGUUUACUGUGCAGAACGUGGUAUACGAUAAUUCAGACAUAACACAGGAUCUGUUUACCCCCUUCUUCGACGUUUUGAACAAUUUAUUUUGUUACGGUAUCGGUUUGGUGGAUAAUUUUAAUGAAAACUGUAAGGAGGUCAUCAAAAUUAACAGUUUAGAAUAUUUCUUGGAGCAUCUGCACAAAUGUAUUGGAUCCCUUUACAUCAUCGACAAGAACUUCGAGUGUAGGAAGGAGUUGUUUGGGUUCAUUCAGUACAACAGCUUCUUUUGGCACGUCCUUUAUAAGCAGUACAACUUUUUCUUAACCUACUAUGAUAUGAAGAAUCACUGCAAUAUUUUCAACGCCUUUUUGUUCCACUUUUUGAAUUACGCCUUUGAAUUUCCUUUGGACAAUUUCUUCAAAAUUGAUAAUAUACUAAGUGAAGAGAACAACGCGAUGGAUAAGAACCACUUCUACAGCUACUACUAUAGCACGGAGUUAUCCCUCUUCAUUUUCAACGCCAUCAUUUCUUUGAAUAACUUUAGCCGUAACCUGGAGCAGCCCUACAUGUUCUCACGAGGGUUUACACCCCUCUCGAUGCACCACACAGAUGAAGUAACAAUGCGGAAGAAGCACUUCCAGAAUUUCCACCUAAAGAAGGAAAACCUAAUCCCGUUUAUUCAAAGAAAGGAAAAGGAACUGCUCAGUCUGGGGUCUAUAAUAAACAUGGAGGUGACGAACAAAGCUAUAUACUUCAACAACACCAUCCAUAUGUUGAAUUUUAUUAUAAAGGAUUAUAAGAAGAAUAAAUUCGUAAACUAUGCCAACUCCGAUGUGAACAACAGUUUGUUCUACCUGGCCUACAACUACCCUAUCAUUAACGUCAACCCGAAGCAGCAGGACCUUCUGACCCUCUACCUAAGAAGCAUAUACACACAUAAUGAGAAUUUUCGAAAUAUUAACAAUUUGGUUUAUAUAUAUAGCAACUUCUUUUACAAUUUCCACAAUUUGUUUUUGUUCCUGAAUAAGAAGAACGACCUUUUCCUUUCGAUGUUCAAGCUGAGGUUCAAGGGGAAAUGCUCCCCGGAGAUGCGUAACUUUUUCUAUGACGCGGGGGAGGAAAUGGCAAGCCACGCCGUUGGCAAGGAAGCAGAUCCGAUCGAUGGGGUAACUGACCAGGCUGACCGGUCUAUUUCCCCACCCACGAUUGGCAACUACGAUCUGGCCAUACACAACUGCGUGAGCGAAGUGUUCUACCUGUACGACGGCAUCUUGUACGACGUGAACGAAACGGAAAACAUCGACUACUACUUCCAGGGAGGAGAAGCUUACCUGAAUUUUGUGCGUGACAGAAACAUGGAUUACCACCAGGAGAGGGAAGACCUCCUGUAUGAACAGAACGAGAGGGAGCGUAACGAAGCGAACGAAAUGGACGACGACGUGGAGAGACGCAUCGAAGAGGUGCUUCGCAGGGAACUGGUCACCACAGGCAAUGGGCCGAACGAAAUAAAUAGCAACGCAAUCAACAGCACCAAGGACAACUCCAAUAUCUUGAAGAACAAAAAUACAAACAAGAGGAAAAAAAACGAAAAAAAUGAAAAUUUCCUUCACGAACCGGAGUUAGAAAGAGAUAUAAUGAAUAUAAGGUUUACGAAGAAGGAGUUCCUUGGAAAGAACCUACCUUCCUUUUUUUAUUUCAGAUCACUCAUGUAUAAUCAUAAAAGUGUUAAGAAUAGUAAGUCGUCCGAUGUGGUACAUGCAAAUUGUUCCUCCUCCAGUGCACCAAGGAAAUUCUUCUACAUCUCGCUCCUCUUCAACAUUGACUUUUACAACAUCCGAGGAAUGCACAUUGAAAAUAAGUUGGUGUCGGAUCGAACUUUACUCAUUAAUAAAAUUUUGAAGGACAACAAGGGCAGAUUGCUAAAUGUGAAGGUCUUCCACCUGUACAAUAUUUUUUCCAAGAUUAUUGAACUUCACUACGAGGGAAAGAAGAACAAAAACAGCAGAAGCAACAACAACCACCACAGCAACAGUAGCAGCGGCCACGGGAACAACGCUGAGGACGGGUUCAUCAAUGGACUGGAUUACAAAACGGACGAGGAUUUUUACUACAAGGUGAAGAUGAAUCCCUCCUACUUCUUCCUCCUGUAUGCUAUUAAAAACGACUACGACAAGAAGAGCAAGAACAAGCUGAUUUUUAUGAAUGUAAAUUCUGACGUAGAAAGCUAUAUUGAGGACAAGAAGGAUAGUACUUACAAGUUUGACCUAAACAUUUUGCUUAUCCCCAUUUCUUCUCACAUUGUUCUGAGCAAGUACAAUGGCAAUAUCAACCUUUUCAAUGACAACGACUACCCGCUCAUUACGUUUAAGUUCCUCACCCCCACGUAUGACGUGGUCUGCAUAGGCAUGAUCAUCUGCUACUCGAAGCUGCUCCUCCAGGACUACAUCCUAAACUGGUUUAUCCCAAAAAUAAAGGAGCGCAAAUUAAUCAAAGAAGAUCUAGAAAUAAAACUGGAGGAAAUCAACGUCUAUGAAGAAUCCGAACUGAAUUGCCUGGAGAAAAUUAGGAAGUUCUCCUGCAGCAUUAAGAAGCUUCUGAAAAAAUACAACAAUACCAUAGUGAUCCAGCUGAAGAAAAUUCACAACAUGAAUAACGUACAUAUAAAGUGCAUAGAGAAUUCUAAGCUGGACAAAAGGAACUUCUGUUCCAACUGUAAGAGCAACUAUGUUUGCCUAUGCCAGAAGAUUAAAAAGGAAGAGCUCAGAAAAAAAAUGAAUUACAUUAAGGGUCAAGAGAAGAUGAUCAAGGCGAUUAGAAGCAACUGCGAAAUUAACCUCGAAAAUCUCACUGGAGAAGACACCAAUAAGAAGCGGAGUCAAACUUCUAACACGCGAAGUGGUGACAACUCAGGGAAGGCAGGGUCAGUAACUGGUAUACCAACAACGAACGUGCCGGAUGAGCUUCCAUGGGACGACAAUUUCAUGCAAACGUUAUACCAAAAUGAAGAACUCAUGGAAGAAAUGGACGUCCUGGAAAAUUCCUAUCGAUCGACGAACAGCUCAGUCCUCUCUGUGUCCAGUGACAACAUUUCAAACUUUUCCGGAGACGACAACUGCAUUUUGGACGAAAUGGAAAACACCACCAUUAUAUUUAAUAACGCCCUGUAUGAGGAUGAGGACCUUUUGCGAAAUGAAAAGAAAACACAGGAAAAAAAUGGCACAGGGGGAGAUCAAUCUUAUGUAAAUCCAAUUGAGGGAAACAGAGGAAAGAGAGAUGUCACAACGUGCAGUCUUGGAUGCACCGGUGUUGGAUGCGGGGGUGUUUGCAGUGGUGCAUGUGGAACUGGGUAUAACGCCCUCUGCAGUGGUGUGUGUGGAGGUACUUGUGUUGGCACAUGCGGACCCACAUGUAGCUGUGCUUGUGCCACCACCCCACGUGAUAACGCAAUCGAACGAAACCUUAGAAAGAACAACGCAAAAAAUGACAUCGAGGAAAUCCUCCUAUUCGAGUUUGAAAAGUUGAGCACAGAACAUGUAAAAGACGUGUAUACAAUACAGAAGAAGUUUGAAAAAUAUACGGAGGGUCUUUACAGCAAAAUGAUGAAUGAGAUAGCGAAGAAAAGGGAAGCCAGUAAAAAAGUCAAGGGGGAAGAAGAACACCACAGCAAGGACAUAUCGAAAGGGUCUGGACGAAGCAUCACCAACGCGGUUAGUGAAAGAAAGGAACAAAGGAAAAUAUUAGACAGUCAAACGGAGAAAAUUUUGGAGGAAGAAAGUGUUGUGGUUACCCAGGAUCAGCAGGACAAAGCGGCACAGACAUCCAAACAUGACACGAACGACUUGAAGACAUCUGCCGAUGCUUUGCCAAAGAAGGGAGAACAGAGUAAAGCCCAAGAAGACAGCACUUCGCAUCAACCCACUAGUAACAAUAAACGCGGUGCUAAGAACACCAAGGCUGAAAAAGGCGUAAGUAGUAACAACGCAGGGGUUAAGAACAAACGGGUUGUGGAAAACAGUACUGGUGCGAAUGACCACGAGCAGGUGGACAGUUUGACCCCCAAGGAGGAGAAAGCGGACCAGGGAAGUACGAAAGAGGGUGCGAAAAAAGUGGAAGCCAUUAGUAAGAAGAAAAGCGGCAAAGUCAAAAGUGACGACGUGAAAGGAGGCGAAAGUAAGGGUGCAAAGAAGAAAGCGGACCAAGGAAUUAGCACCAUGAAGGAAGGAGACGUCACGCAAAAGGGCGUUAGCGAGAGCGAAAUGGAGGAGGAGACGGACAAGCCAAGCGGGAAAAAGAGUAAGCAGGCCAAGGAGAAGAAGCAGAAAGGAGGAGACAAAGGGAAGGAAAGCAAAGAAGAAGGAGGAACGAAAAAGGAAGAAACGAAGAAAGGCGAUACCAAGAAGGUGGGCGCCGAAACGGUUGAAGGAAUCGGAGGGGAAGAGGAAAAAGCAGAACCCCAAAUGGUCGAAGAUGAGAACGUGGAGGAUGCCAUUAAUAACUACUUCUGCAAAAACAUUUCGGAGCAGAUCGAAAAAAUGGACAAAGUGGACACCGUCGCAGCGUACCUUUAUAACGAGUUGGUAGAAAUAACAAAGAAGAAACUGAAGAAAAACGUAAUACGGGUAGACAACCUAUCGGCAGAAGGGUACUUGACCAUAGGGGAGGAAUUCCUGAGCGCCAUGAAUGAGUUGAUUCUCAAAUUGAACCUUAAGUUUGGAUCAGAGGAAGGUACGAAGAAGCACCUUUCAAGUGGCGUCACCAGCGUAAGCACAAUGUCCAGUGGAAUAAAGGGCAACAAAGGAGGAGCAACAAUAAACGCGGCAGUAGGAGCAACCCCCACGGAAAGGAACACCGACGGUGACCAUAAUAAAAAGAGUACUUCCAAAGAUGUUAUUACGGAAGAACGGAAGGAAAAAAAAGUAACGAACAAGCACAAUAUAUAUGACAAUGAAAAUAUGAUCAAAUUGCUAAACAUGCUGAAGAGAAAAUUGAUUUCAAAAAUUCUCCUGCCAGAUAGCCAAAGUGAUAAAAGCAAAGCGAGAAAUAAAAAAAUUGUAAAAAAAAAAAAACAAGUGGAUAUUAAAUACAUUUGUGAAAUUUUCAGAAGGGAAUAUAUUUUCCACGACAAACUUUUAAUCUUAACACAACACAUUUUGGACAUAAACAUUAGGACAAAUAUCUUCCUCUUUGUGUACCUCUUUGCUGGCAAUUAUUUCUCCCUCAUCGAUUUGGAUUUCCUGCUUAACAAUAUUACCUACCUGAAUGACUAUGUGUAUUAUAAUAAGGUCAACGUGGAGGAGUCGCUUUUCUUCGGAGUAGAUAGUUGCUCUACCAGCAGCGCAACAGCGGUGGAAACAGCAGGAAGGACGACACAAAAAGAGGAUCAACAAUUAUCAAAACAGGAAAAAACGACCACCAUUCUUCGGAGCCAACACGGGAAUGCAAAAAGCGAGGCAUCCACAGAAGUGCUAACCAACAAUAACCAAAGUGGAAAGAAAAAAAAGAAAAAGAAAAACACACCAAAUGGCGUAGUGAUGGACGACGCAGACGAUGACCUUGACAAUGAUGAUGAGGGGGAAGUUGACUACGAUGACGACGACGACGAUGAAGGAAGAAGAAAAAAAAUAAUAAUAAAAAACGCACAAGAUGAGACCCCAGAAGAAGAUGUACUAAUCAACAUAAACAUUAGCAAAAUUAUUUACGUGCUUAUUCUCAUCAGUAACAAAAAAAUUCUUGCUCAUCUGGUGGAGGAGAGAUCCCCUAGAUCGCUCAGUCCCAAUUACUUUCUCGAACUGAAUAAGAACUACUACCAACUGGUGAACACGGAAUAUUUGCAAAUUAUGAAGGAGGGGUAUGCAAAGGACUGGAGUGAGAAUUUCGAGAAGGACGUGGCUUUCUUCGAUAGCCUCAACGUGGAUGAGCUUGUAGUAAAUGGUACGACUACUUCUGAUGACAAUGUUGCCAGCUCUGGGGAGGUUUCCCAUCCAUUUGGCAAUGACAGGAAGAAGAAUGACGCUGGAGAUAAGAAACACGAUUUGGGAGAAGGAAAAAAAGGAGACCCCCUAAUUUUAGCAGACAGUGAGCUAGCCGUCAUGAACGAAAACGACCCCAUGCAUGAAAGGACCCUGCGGAAAUACAUCCACUUGCACAAUUUGAUCAAAUUUAAGUUGAACUUUAAUAUUGCCAUGAGGAAAAUUAACUACAUGAAGGAGAAGGAUUCCACCUCUUCCUUCUACGCCCUAGUGUUUAAAUACAAUAGUGACUUGAUAAGAGGUUUGCAUAGUCGGCUCCCCCACCAGGCAACAAAGACGCGCUCGCUUCCUCACCGAGCAGGCAACGGGGAAUGUAAGGCAAAGGAUCAAUUACCCGCAACUGCUACCAUCCAUAGUAGUAGUGGUAAGGACCUCCAGGUUAGCGUUAAAGACAUCGGAAGGAUGAAGGAAAUUUAUGAAAAGUUCGCCUCAAGGAAUGCCAAGCCAAACCUAAUAAAGGACCUCUACAGUAGGAACGUCGAAAUUAACCAGCUACUGAUGAACACGUUCUUGGACAAGGGCAGUUGUUUGAAUCAGCCCCCGAGUGGCACCACGAAAAAAGGACAACAGCACCACGUCGCUAAAGCAGAUGCAUUGACCAACACGAAGGAGGUGAAGAUAAAUCUGCCCAAGGUGGGCCCCAUUAAUGACGACUCACAGAGUGAAAUUCAAUUGGGGGCAGGAAACAGGCCCCACGAUAAGAAGGUAUCAGUAGUAGUAGGUACGAUGCUGAAGAAUAAUUACGCCUCGUUGUAUGACCAGUCACCCUCCAACAAGAACAGCACCAAUUUGAAGGUCUCUGGUGCACAGGGUCAGAUCACCGACGGAGUUGCACCCAUCAUAAGUAGCAACAAUAAGGGAAAGAAGGCAACCACGGUGGAUGGAGGAAAAAAUGUCUCCAGCAGCGCGAAUGAAGUUGAUUCUCCGGUGGAAGACGCAAAAGGUGGAAAGGCAGCCCCCACGUCAGUUCCCACAUCGCCCACAGGGGCAUCACCAGGAAAUGAAGGCACAAUAAGUGCGGUGACUAGCAUGAGUAGUAACAUGAACGCAGGUGCGGGUGCUUCCAAUUUGCAAAUCGGAAUGGGUAUAAGUACCACCCCUAAUAUAAACAGCACCCUGCAACCGAAUAUUAGCACCAUGGCCGCACAGAUCAAGUUUGCCAAGAAGAGCAAAUUCAAAAGAAUCUUCAAUAAAGACAUUCCAUACAUUUGCAACGAAGGAGAAACGUGGAUGGUCAUUUAUAAGCCCGCAUACUAUCACUGCUCAGCGUAUACAUCCCACAACAGAUAUAAUUUCCUAGUAAACAUUAACAAAUAUAGUGAUUACUUUUACAACAUUUUAGAAAAAAUCUGCCUCAAAUGUAAAAUGAAGACGAAGUUUAUGUGUAUCCCAUGUAAAGAAAUGGAGAACAUUUGCAACAAGUGUGAAAAUAUUGUAGCGAGAUUUUGCAAGAAAUGUAAUUUAUUAAUAAAAAAGAAUCGAGAUGUUCUAAAAAUUAUUAACAGUAUAUCUUUGAAUGACGUUAUAUAUAGUGGUCGGGUGGAGUCAUUUCACCUCUACAUGAUGAAGUCCUUUCCUCAUUUGGAGACGGUUAAGAAAUGGCACAAGUUGGAAUGCGGAUUGUGUCACCGUAUUGAUUUGGAAACCUCAGGUAGCUUGAUCAUUGCUAAAACGAAGGAUGCUCGUGAUUUCCUCUUUGACCAAUUUAGAAAAAGAAAUGUAUACAAGGAAUACCUAUUACUGUGCCAUGGGCGGAUUAAGAAGAAGAAAGGAUGUAUUAAUAAAUCUAUACAGACACACGAGUAUAACAACUUCCAUAGCAAAAGUCACUUCAGUUUGGUCGUGAAGACGGGUGGCACGGAUGCCUACACAGAGUAUAACUGCGUCAAAGUUUUCAAACUUAAAAGGAAGAUUGAGGACAUCGUGCAGGAGAUCUUAUCUGGAAAAUACAACUGCAACAGUACCGUUAAGAAGGACAUAAACAAGGAAAUAUACUGCAAUGAUUAUUACAAAUUUUUGGAUGACGACAAGAGGAAUUUUGCCACUGUUAUUCAGCGCUUCUUCGUUCAACAGGUCAAGCCAUCUUCCAAUGGGGACACACCAGACAGCACCGAUCCAGUGACCAACGGGAAUACCAGCUAUCCAUGUGAAAAUCCCAUGUAUGACACCCCCAUACUGGAAGGCAACGAUAACGAUUCAUUCCUACAGAGGAGCACCUGCAGAGUUGUCCUAAACUACCACUCCGAUUCGCAAAUCGAUGAACUUACAAAAGGGGAGGGAAAGAAGAAGGCAAGAAAAUGGAUUAACAAAAAUGAAAGAGGUAAGGAAUAUUCCACGCAGGGUCUCGACAAGGACGAACACGAAGCAGCCACAUCGGAAGACGAACUAAACAACACUCUGUCCAAACGGGAGGCACUACUGAAAAAGCUGAACAUGUCCAAGGGGGACAAAAACAGUAAUAGACAUAAUAAGUACGAUAACCGUUUAGGCUACCCAGCCGUGAAGAGAAAUGUGUGCCACCACCUCUGCUUUAGAUGCAACUCCAUCUCGGAAGAAUAUUUCCAAAUCGAUCCCAAAGAAGUAGAAAAUUACACCAAAGAAUUCACCCUCUGUAAUGUGAAGAUCCACACAGGUAGAACCCACCAAAUACGGGUUCAUAUGAGACAUAUAGGACACCCCCUAGUGGCAGACAAGAAGUACCUGAACCCGUCCCUCAGCAAUUUAGACAAGUACUGGUGCUUCAGAAUGUUCCUGCACUCCGUCAUCCUCGAGUUCAACAACCCUGACUACUACUUUUACAGCAUAAAUGAAGAUUUGAAAAAAAAGAAAAAAAUCUACACAACUGGUGGUGCUGGCGGGGUCACCUCCAUGGGUGGUUCACCUUACAAAGUUCCAGACAGAACUGUCAAGGCUAUAUGUCCCCUCGCCAGCGACCUACAAACCGUGUUGGAGAACGAGCUCGAAGUUGCAGAAAGUUUGGAAGAUGAAAAUAGCUACGUCAAUCGUAUCCUCAAAAUGAACAUUAAUGAUAAGCGAAAUGAGGCCAUGAAGAUCUCCAGACAGAGGACCACCACGGAGGAGCCAACCAAAGAGGACGGUGAUCGCGAUUGGGAGAUGAAUGUGACGCCUACCCGUGGGGUUAGUGCACCAACUGGCAAGGUGACCGACCAGACCGGCACGAAAAACGCAGCGGAAGAGAGAUACCACGAGGGAGACGACCGAAAUGAGUAUGACGAUUAUGAGGAACUUGAUGAGUUCGGCCAAUUCGAUGAGGAUGAGGAGGUAAAUGAGGUGGUCGCUGAGAAGGGGGAAGACGACCCCGACCUGGACGAUGAGGAGGAAAGUGAUGACGAAAACGAUGAGGACGAGGAAGAUGAUGAAGAGGAUGACGAAGACAGCGAGGAUGAUGAUGAUGACGACGAGGAAGAGGAAGAAGAAGAGGAAGCGGAAAACGUUGCCAUCUACGCUGGAGGAGACCACACAAGAAGUGUGCACGAUACGCAGGAGCAUGCACAAGGGUCAGUCAACCUGGCAGGCGAGGAAAAGACACCAUUAAAGAAGAAGGGACCGAAAAGAGGACAAAGUGAACCGCUCCUAACACAGCUGCUGGAACAGGAGAAGGAAGACGAUCCCCCCCUUGAUGGUACCAAAAAGACAUCCGGAAAGAUCAAAGAGCUUAAGGAGAAGAGAAAAUCAAGCACAGCAGGAGGGGUCAGUGUAGACGGCGCGUCAUAUUUAGAGUCAGACAAGGAAUGGGCUGAUGAAGAAGAAGAACAACAACAUGAAGAGGAGGAGCAAGAGCAACCCCUCAGUGACGCAUCACUGCUAUGUACGAACAAAAAAACGAUCUUCAAAUUGCACUAUAACGAUAUUUUCCACAUGAAAAAGAACUCACCAGAGGGAGAAGUAAACGAAGGAGAAACAACGCCACACAGCAAUGGUGGUGAUGUGCAGGCAUACAAAUUGACAGAGGAGAAUCACAACAGUGCCAUUGGCCAAGCAAUAGACGACGAGAUUAACAGAAAGCUUAGAACAGACUUUAUCUUCCUCCUGAACGAAGCUAAAAUAGUGAUUGAUAGCAUAAUACGAAACAGCUUUAUUUAUAAGACAUAUUUUUACUUUUCCAAGCUGAGGAAGACCCUCUUUUAUAUUUUAGGCGCCUUUGGAAAAGAUGCUUUGAGGAAGAAGAAGAGUUAUGUAGAAUUGAAUUUAACGGAAGAGAUGUUUAAGGAGGUGGGAGAUAAAGUCGAGAGGAGAGUACCAGUGGAGUUCCUGCAUGAGCUGAUUUUGUGUCUGUCUUACCUGUUUAAAAAUAAUCUGCAUGUGAAGAAACGGAAGGGAGAUAUCGUUGUGUAUGCCCUGAGGAAGCACGUGAAGUUCCCCCAGGUGGAAAGUGGCGAUACGGUAGACGCAGUACCUGUGAAGAGUUCCCACCCUCAUGACCAAGCUAACCGAACGAGCGAAACGAAAAGCAUCGUGAUGACCCACUUCCACAACAUCCUGUACAACCUAAACUAUGCACUGAAGCAAAAAGGAAUAAACACAUGCCAAAAACUCAAGAGCCAAAUUGUGGGUAGCACAAAAAGCGUUUAUUUAAAAAUCACAUGCAUUUUUACCAUCAUCAUGAAAAAGCUUAACGCACAGGUGUAUCUCCGAGAAGACUUCCACACGGUCAACUUCAUAAAGAACAAAAAUAUGUUUAGGCUGAAUAGCGUGGAGCAGUUUUUCGUUUUAUACAAAUUUUACGAGGAGAAAAAGGAACUAACGGAACGUAGGCUAGCCAGCAUUAGCAGCAUCAGUAGCAUCAGGAGGGGCAAGGUGGCAAAUACGAAGGUGAAAAACAGGGCAGCGGAAAAUCAUCUCAUGGAAAAAAUAAAAAAGAUAUUCUUUAAGGUCCACAAGGAGGAGGAGAAGAUCAGAGGCACUACCAACGUUCUACAGGAGGAGUAUGGGCAAGUCAAGCAGGCAGAGCGGCAACAAGAUCAACGGAUCCAUGACGCUGCGUACUACCGGGAGAGGGGCGAACUACCCUAUUAUGUGCACACCGACCGUCACGACCAGAUUAGCAGAAACGAAGAGAUCACUCAGAAAAAUCAAGGCAUCAGUAGGAGCUUCGGCAUCAUCGAGGACCAUGCACACAUCGACCUGGAUGCCCGACUCAGGAAGGAGCACUACCUGGAGGGACGGAAGGGAAACCCCUAUAUGGGCAACUUCGAGCCGUUCGACAACUUUGGUCCCUUCGACACCAUGGCCCGCAUGCAAGCUCUUGGAGGAAAGCCAAACGGGGAAGGAAUGGAAAAUUUGCACCAUUUGUCAAACAUGCAGGGAGCACAGAAUGUAGGUAGCUUGGCCAACCUGCCCACCCUGCAAAGGUGCCGAAACGAGAACAGAGAUCACUUGGCAAACUUGGAAUACAUGCUACGCAUGGAGGGAGAGCGGGGCGCCAGAUAUGAUGGCAUUUCUCCCUUCGAUGAGGAAAGCAAACUAGCCAACGAACUUUUAAAAAAAAGCAACUACAAUAGAUUGGUUGGCAGUAGUGGCCACCUCCCCUUGGAUCAGCACAGUCAACACAGUGCCUACCUGCUCAGUACAGGUGACCCGCUGAAGGGAAAAUUCGAAGUGAUGAAAGGUCUAGACGAAGAAGCCGCCCGGGAAGCGCAGCAAAUGAUGCUCAUGGGUAAGGAGAGCGGCAACAGCAAUGGCCAGUAUGAGCUUCGCCAGAACAGUCAUUUACCAGGGUUCUGUAGCAAUAUGCCUCCAAGCGGUUUAUUGAACAAGGGUUACGCACACCAACGAGGAGCCAUCCCAUUUGUGGAAGCGGCAGAUGGGGAAAAAAGUCAGAGAGAAAACAAAACGGCGUUCUUUAGCUUUGGUGAAAGUAGGAACAUGUUUAACCAUGGAGGUGGUAAUCAUCAAGGGUCGUACGGGGGAAGUGGCGGCUACAGGAAGGGAGGUGUAGAAGAUAUAGGUGUGGAAGGCGUAGGAAGAGUUGGCCGAGAAUUGGUACCCACCGGCGAGGAAGGAAAGUAUGACAUUAAAGGACGGGAUGCCAGGGGGUACGAAGUGGAACGCAUGCACCAGAUGGAGUUAAUGCGCCGUGCAGAGCACAUAGAUCUUAACCACGUGGGGGAGGAGGAGGAUGACGAAGAAAACGGGUACAACAACUUCAUCAAGGAAAUCGAACGGAUAAAAAUGGAAACGAACAAAUGUCAGGAGAACUACGAAAAGGAAAUGAUCGAAAUAAAAAAAAAAAAAAAAGAAAUAAAAUAUAUAAAGGAAACAAAAAGAGAUGAAGAAAUAAAUCGAAAGUUUGCAGAUGCCACGUUAGCCAAUUUUACGCUCCUCUUAUUGAACGCCUUUCAGUUGUACGGUCUAAGCAUGGUAAUAAAAUUGCUCGUAUAUGAAAACGAUAUGAUCCUCCCGCAGUUUAAAGAAAACCUGAAGCAAGACGACACCACAACGAACAUUGAAUUUUUUAUUAACAUUUCCAUCGAUAAAAUUUUUGAAUACCUAUUGUUGAAAAAUAUUCUAAGCAAUGUAAACAUAAAGAGGUUAAAGGAAAAGUUCAUUCAGGGACAAAGUGCAUUUGAAGCCAUUAGAAAUGACGCCAAUAAUCUGAUAAAGGAAAAUAUAAAGGAACAAAACUUUGUGUACAUUUUGUAUAAAGACAGAUCUCGUAUGUUUGAUGUCUACGAAAGGAAGAAAACGAUCUACAACUUUCUGAUCAUCCUAAUCGAUAAGGUCCUUCAGAAAUACCUCAUCAAUGAAUACGUUAUGAUUAGGCGCAAUGAAAUUUAUGAGAAAAUGCUCAGGAUGCUAAAUCGAAGUAGGGAGAUUGUGAACAAUAAGGAGAGACGCCAACCUUCUAUACGAUUUGGUGACAAUGCGGGUAAUAGUGGAACGCCUGAUUAUGGUUUCGUUGGUCCGGAGCAGUUUCGCCUCGAAAAGGGAGCAGUCACCAUGGGGGGAGGCCUUAGCGGGGUUAGUGAAGUUAGCCCACUGGAUGGUCCCUUCAGCGGAUCUUUCACCGGCGGAAUGGACCUGCACGACCCGCGUACCCACAGGAGGGAAUUCCCCCACGGAGGCAGCGCCAGUUACAUGAACUUCAACCAGGAGAGAAGAGGCAACCUGCACGAGCAGAAAAUUCUGAAGGAGGUGGGUCACUUCCCCGGCAUGGCCUACCCAGGUAUGCACGACCACGUAAAAGGUGCACCGGUGGCGGGAACCAAUCCCUACACCAGCAACAACAGCAAUGCCACCAAUUUGAACAAAUUUCACGACCUGUAUGGAAAGAUCAAUUACAGUGCGGAGGUGGAAAGUAGAAGCGGCAUAGACGGAAGGAUCGGAAUGGAUGAUCAAAUGAACCUCGAUGGUAGAGUGCCAGUGAACAACCUGGGCGGCGUCCCCGGAGGAGGAAGCAGCCCCCCUAUCGAUAAAGGAAAGAUUCUGAAAAACAGCUCCUACAAUGACAUCAACGCGAUGCAAGUGAAGAGCAAAUAUGGGAAUGGUCAUCUCUAUGGGGUCGGAAAUUACAAAAGUAACUCCUUCAGCACGAACAAUUUGAGUCUCCUACAUCUCCAGACCAACCAGUUGGCGGCCCCGGGGAAGGGCACUGGACACAGCGGCAGUCAUGGAGCAUGUAGUCACACCCACAUCAACUGCAGUUGCUGCCACGAGGAAACGAUUAACCAUUUGGCCAAGGCCCCAUCGAAUGAAAAGAAUUUGAAAGAAAUAAACCUCAGCACGAACUUGAAUAGAGGAAACUACGACGCUGACCAUUUCGACCACUUCUAUAGCGGUGGUACCAACAGCAGAGUGUUGAACACUUAUCACGACAUGGAAAAGAAGAUCACGCAAAAGAAAGGCGAAAAUGAACAUCCCCUCCUUGUACCUCCCCCCAAUUACACAAGCAGCAUAAGCAGUAUGAGCAACCUGAGCAGCGUUGUUGGGAAGCCACACGCACGAAGUGGCCAAAGCGGAAAAGCAACGAGCAUGUCCUUCCUGGAUGACUUCAAAACAUCCAUACAGCAUUUUAUAAACAACAAAAAUGAUAAGGAGGAAUUCGAAAAGGAGCAGGACAAGAAGAAGAAAAAAAUCCUCGAACAGAAACACAUCUUGCGAAUGAAGGACAGUAGCAAUAAUGAGGAAAAUGAGAAUAUUAAAAAAAUGAACAGCUUUUAUGAAAGUAUUUUGAGCAAUGCGUUGGGUCAAACGGAGGAACGGAACAUGGAACCCCCUAACGUUCUGUCUGAAGCGGAUCGCGAGGAUGACUUGGACAGUUACGACAGGAAGAAGCAGAAGGCCCGUGAAAAGAAGAAGAAGAAAAAGGACGGAAACCUCAGCGGUGGCGAUAACCACAGUGGAAAGGACCAUGCGGAUGAACAGGCUGAUGAUGCGGGUACGUACCAGUUGGACGGAAACAAUGCACCCAGCACAAACGUGAAUGCUUACCCACAAAGCUUUGGAAAAUCCAUCGGGGAGAUCUUCUGCAAAAGUAAUAUGAGUAGAACAAACGAAGAAAAGGAAGAACAGGUAGCCAUAAAGGACGCCGCUAUAUACCACAGCGAGCGCACAAAUAGGAGUGCUAAUCAGCUGAGUGCCCCCCUGAUGGAGGAAAAUGCCUACAUGAACGAAAACCUAGAAAUGAAGUAUAGAGCAUUAUUUGCCAACGUAACGGAAAACUUCAUUCACCACAACAACAAUAUGAUGACUAAAAACAGCAACGCGAAGAUGCCACAGGAAUACAAGGAUGCCAUGCUUAACAACACAAUACCGAGAGGGAAUCAAGUGGAAAGUAAACGACUAGCUCAGGACUUUCGAAUGAAUAGCAAUAAUUCCGUCACGAACUAUAUGAAUGAACUUGUCCCUCCCCCACCAUCCACCUCGUCCCCCUCCUACAAUAACAACAAUUUGAAUCGCAUGGAAAAAGGCCCACAUGAUAUGGACCUCCUGAAUAGCAGCACCCCCAACGCGUUGCUAUUUAAGAGGCUGGGGAAUGUUGGAUCGAUGAGGGGCGAUCUCCCCAUUGGGCACUACCUGAACGAAAACAACCACGGGGGUCAGCACCUACCUAAUAUGAAGUACCAGAAUGCACUGAAGAAUAAUUUCCCCUGCGGAGGAGGCGAACCUACCAAAAGCAUGAGCGAGUCCAACAUCGUAAAUAUGAUGGCGGAUCUAAAUAACAAGGACCUCUUUAAACAAAUGAACAUAAAUAGUGCAGGCAGUGGAAGUCACAUGGUGGCGGACGCCUUUUUCCCGGAAGGUAACAACCAUGGGAUGAUGAUGGGCAUGCAGAAUGGCAUCAGGAGGAACGUGCCGAACAAAUAUAGCCUGCUCGGGGUGGAGGGCACAGGCAAGUCGGUCGAUCCUCGUAGCAGCAGCCACAUCAGCGGUGGAAAUAUUAGCGGUGCAAGUGGGAGAGGCCACGUGCAUCUGCACCCCUCGAACAGCUACAGCAACAUAUAUGACGCCAAGAUGAACAACUCUGUCUUUUUGAGGAAGUAUGGCCACCCAAACUCCUUUUUCAACCUCGAGGAGGGGAAGGAAGAGCCCAGCAACAGCGGAAACAACCAGAGGAGCAAAGCCAAUAUUAUACCACCAAGCGACCUGAUGAACAUGCACUCUGCAGAAGAGCGCAAUAAGCACAUGCUUUUCUUAAACAACGGAUAUGACAUAAUAAACCCAAACUGCGUGAGAAGCCCCAAUACGGAUGUGCCAAAUGGAAAGGCCCCACACACCUACGCAGAAGUGAAGAGCAUGUUUAGAGAGGGAACAUCUAUAAACAGCGGCAACAUAAGCAGUAGUGCAAGCGGUAACAACCUGGGAAUGCAGUUUAGCAACCCCCUGGGUUCCACCUAUUUCAACAAAACCUAUGCCAAUGUAGAGCUGGCCAACAAAUUUAAAGACUUCGACGAGAGGCAACAGAAUUUAAUUUACAGCCUGAUGAAGCAGAAGGCAGACCAGGAAGGAAUCAGUAGCAGCACCGCCAUUGGACACCAUAAAGAGAGUAAGGGCAGCAAUAAUAAUGCCCAGUUUGGCAAAGGCAGAGGAGGAGGGGCUAGCUCUUCCGUGGAGGCAGAAAUACGGAAUCGAAACGCCAGCAGGAAGAAGCAAGGCAAUACGAAAAAGCACACGGAUGGAGAAAAGCAAAGCGUUAGCAGUACUACGCAGGACCACUUGGCAAGCUACCCAAAUGCCCCCCAAAGUAAAAGCAGUAGCAACGAAAUGAAACACGAACACCUGAAAUUGAGCAACGGGGCAACGCAGAAGAAAAGUUCUCCCAGUUUUAAAGACAUAAGCAACAGUAGCAACCCCCACACGCAAAGAUCCAACAUGAACUUUGGCUUCAAUAGCUUGGCCGCCUAUAUGAAUAAUGCACAGGUGAAGUCGAGUGGGCGAAAGGGUGCGAUGCCGUCAGAGGAGCAGCACAGUAGUGCCGCUGGAAGUGGAAGCACCAUUUGGGGAGGACUACCAUUUCUUCGCUUUACUAACCGUGCCCGCACGGAUGAAGGACGCGGUAGCAACAAAUCUGCUAACAAGAACAACUCUUAUAAUAGUGGUGAUCCAUAUACAGCAGAAUUUCCCACCAAAGGGGGGUUAGAAAUGGGCCCAGGUGACGGGGCAAGUGCUCCUCCAAACAGCAGCGGUUUGCACCACCUACCCCUUGAUGACACGUCGAUAAAAAUUAAGGAUAAUAAAAUGGCUCUGUCCGGCAAUAGUAAUAGUGGCACCGAAUCGAAUACACCCAAGAAGAGCGUCGACGCAGCCCCACAGAAAAACACAAAUGAGGAACAAACGCCCAAGGGAAGUGGGCCGUCCAGCAAUGCUAAGGGCAGUAGCGGAAAGGGGAAAGGCAAUAAGAGUAAGGGUGCGGGCAAGGGGAACAAGAACAGCGGGGGUGGCAAGAACGACAAGAGCUCCAAGUAA